CGUCACAUCAUAGCGACACACUCCGAUGCCAGAGACAGGGUCGAUUUAAACAGUAAAAACAUACAGUUUGGGACCAAUAUCAUGGAGGCCGCAGGGUUCUGUGGAAUGGAGGUGGCGACUCGGGGGCUAGUGGGGGGAUCUGGCAGCAGCUCCCCUCCAGAGCUGGACAGCCCAGGUAGCCAGGAGCACCUGGGGAUGUUUGAGCUGGUCAGUAGCUGCUGCAGUGAGGAGGUGAGAGGGGAGACUCCAGGGAGAGAGGACUGCCCCCUGGACCCCAACAAUGAUGAGCUGGACCCAGGCGGUGGUGGUGGCAAGAUCAAGGACCAAAAGGGAUUGGGAAAAGAGGUUCUCUUACUGAUGCAAGCCCUGACCACACUAGCCUCCCCAGAGGAGAAGCUGGCCGCUUUGUGCAAGAAGUAUGCUGAUUCGCUGGAGGAGAGCCGCAGUAUACAGAAGCAGGUGAAGGUGCUGCAGAAGAAGCAGUCCCAGAUGGUCAAAGAGAAGAUCCACCUGCAGAGUGAACACAGCAAGGCCAUCCUGUCACGCAGCAAGCUGGAGAGCCUCUGUAGGGAACUGCAGAGACACAAUAAGACCCUCAAGGAUGACAACACGCAACGGUCCAGAGAGUAUGAGGAGCGUCGGAAGGAGGCCACCCUUCACUUCCAGAUGACGCUGAACCAGAUCGAGGUGCAGAUGGAACAGCACAACUCUCACAACUCCAAGCUGCGCCAGGAGAACAUGGAGCUGGCCCAGAAACUCAACAAGCUCAUCAAACAGUACGAGCUCAGGGAGGAGCACAUUGACAAGGUGUUCAAGCACAAGGAGAAGCAGCAGCAGUUGGUGGAUGCCAAGCUCCAGAGGACAGCUGAGCUGAUGAGAGAGUUGGAGGGGAAGCAGCAGAGAGAGAGAGACUUUCUCCUGAAAGACGCCACAGAGUGGAGACAUGAAUGUGAGCUGUUGAAGGGACAGGAGACGCAGCUCAAACAGCAGCUCUCUUUGUACAUGGACAAGUUUGAGGAGUUUCAGACCACUCUGGCGAAAAGCAACGAGGUGUUCACUACCUUCAGACAGGAGAUGGAGAAGAUGACCAAGAAGAUCAAGAAGCUGGAGAAGGAGACGACUCUGUGGAGAACGAAGUGGGAGACAAACAACCAGGCUCUGCUACAGAUGGCUGAGGAGAAGACACUGCGGGACAAACAUUACAAGGGCCUGCAUGGGAAGCUGGAGUGCCUGGAGAAACUGUGCCGGGCUUUGCAGAAGGAGAGGGACGACCUCACCCCCAAACUGGGAGACCUACAGUCAACAACCGAGGAGAAGGAGGAGGGGACGGGACCUCCAGACCCCCAGCCCAGCCAGGAGUCUACCCAGGAUGAGAUGUCUCCGCCUGGGAGGGGGGAAGAGACGCAGCCCCUUACUACCCCUGAACUGGAGCGAGAGUCCUCCACCACAGAGCAACUUGACAACUGAGCCACUAACCCCCUCUGCCUUUUGGGGGGUAUAUUUGAAUACAGUAUAUCUUUUUUUUUGUGUUGAAGUUAUAAUUAAGAUUAAAAUGACUGCAUAAUUAACAAUGAAUAUAAUACGUUUUGCGGUGAGCACGAGGCUCCCCCCUUUUCUACCACAUUUGUAUUUUCUUAGAUGAUUGUCUUCAUGCUGUUGGUUAGUUACAGGGCUGUUGUUCAGCAGCUUUCUCGUGGUCAGUCACAGGGCUGUUGUUCAGCAGCUUUCUCGUGGUCAGUCACAGGGCUGUUGUUCAGCAGCUUCCUCGUGGUCAGUCACAGGGCUGUUGUUCAGCAGCUUUCUCGUGGUCAGUCACAGGGCUGUUGUUCAGCAGCUUUCUCGUGGUCAGUCACAUGGCUGUUGUUCAGCUGCUUUCUCGUGGUCAGUCACAGGGCUGUUGUUCAG